GGGCGCUAUUAUCCACAUGGUCAAUUUUGUCUGCUUGGAAUUCUUCAUUCACUCUCUCUCGUUUGGACACAAACCAAAUUGAAGAUUUAGAUUUUGAUCGGUGAUUUGAAACCAGAGCGGAUUCCGACCAUGGAGAAAGAGAAAGAUGAGAAUAAAGAUGAGGGGGACAUCUUGGCUCAUAACCCAAGAGCAAUCAAUGUUGCUGAAUUUGCGGGGGCAAGAGCUGCCGAGCUCAAGACCAUGACAGAAGCCGUCAUGAUGAUGGGAGGGAUGAGGAGAACAUUCCAGAAGCUGCCUCGCCAUCUCCGUCGGCGUGCCAUGAGCCAUGAUCUACGACGACUCCCCAAACGGCUGAGAGAAUCUGAGGAAAGAGCUAUGAACAAGGGAGCAAACAAAAAGACCGGUCGAGGGAAAGAAGGUGAUGGAGAGACGUCUGCCCCGGCCAAAAGAUCCCGACGCCAUCGUCGCCGACCAAGCAAUCUCAGAGACGAGUACCAGCGAAGACAACGCAGCAACACCUGGCUAGAGACGCACAUCUGGCACGCGAAACGAUUCAAGAUGGCGGAGCUUUGGGGUCAUAGGUUACCCUUGCAUCCGUCGGAUAAAAGUGUUAGAGCAACAUACAGAGCUUUGGUGAAACACUGCCUGAUCCAGGAUAUAUCCUACAUGAAAGUGAUUGAAGUUUCUGGCCAACAGGGACACACCCUUAAAGCGCUAUCUCACCUUACAAGCCCAUCAACAGGUUUAACCUGCGCAGCCGCAUCCUAUCUCAGUGGCCAGCGCCACGGAGACACUGUUCUCUACAAAUACGAUCAGUUUCCAGAGGGUGCUCUAGGUCCUGUCAACUUUCUCUGGAGAGCCGAGGGUGGCUUUAAGAGCUCUUCAAAACCGGAGGAGACUACGACUGUAGAUCAGGAGGGAAUGUUGUCAGUGAGGAAAGCGAAUAAGUUGGAGGAUAGCUCAGUGAGGCAGCUGUGGGUGUGGGCCCAUCCAGCUUGUACUGAGGUUUUGGUCAAGGAACUCCAAACUGCGUGUGAGAACGAGAACAAGAAUGCUGAUGAUAAAUGUAACAGCAUCACGGUGAAGCUGCUUGAGGAUUCCCCACUACGGUUCCGACUCCAGGGACCACUGUGUCAUCCAGUUCUCCUAGAUACCCUGAAAAUAGCAGACACAUCAGGCACGCCAGACUCCACUAGUAGUAACCAGCCUAAGAAAUGGUGGGAAACCUACUACUCAAAUCCAGAUAAGGUUCACAUCCAGUCGGAGCAGUCUUCUACCUGGAACACUCUUCAUGGAAUCCAGAAGACCGCUGUCCUACCACCUCGCUGUGUCCUCGCCUUGACUGUCAGAGACCCUCGAAAUCUCCUACCCAUCAAGAAGCGAAAAGUUAUGCCAGACCCAGAAGAAUUUGUUGCUACUGAUUGCCUACCAGUCAAUACCCUGCAUGGCUUCCCUGCAUCAGUGUCAGUAUCACCCAUCUGGGAUGAAUCGGUGCAGAAGGCUGUGAAAUCAACCCAGGUACCAGUACACAAGCUGAACAAGAUGAGGGCAGAGCUCCUGGUACCCGGCACGGAACUCAGCCUGGGGCGUGAGGAAUCUCGCAUCCCAGUUCUGCUACUGCAGUACCCAGGGGUUACUCACUCUGCCGGAAUGGCAACCACCACGUCCUCAAAACAGCAGGGGGUAUCCGAGUUAGGCAGUGGAUGGGAUCUGAUCUUACCCAGCGGUUGGGGGAUGGCCUUCUGGGUGGCGCUGAUCUACCGUGGAGCCAGAGCCUCUGGGCUUCUGCAGUCUCGCAGCUGCGCUCUCCAGCAGGGAUUCCACCAUUUCCCGCAGGGGUAUCCUGACACAAUGGCAGGGCGGGAGCACGAGGAGGCAGAAGCCAAAGAGUUGACGAAGAAAUUCAAAAGAUGGCCGCCGGCAAAGAGACCCAACUAUGGAAAGCUAGGAGUGGUAUCUCCUUUCCAGUGUCCCUGGACGGAGCUUUUGAAUGAGUGGAGGGAUGCAAAGCUGAGAGUAACAGAAGCCGAAGAGGAGCAAGAAAUUGAGGUAAAACCCCCCCUCAAAGGAAUGGAUGAGGCCAAGGAACUUGUAAGUAACACAGAACUCCCAUUUUUUGUUCUACGUGAGAAAUUCAAGUUAGAAAGUUUAAAUAAGUUCUUGGUAGCAAAUCAAUGGCCUCCAAGAGUUUCAAAAGAUGCCAAGUCAACCAAUCAGAUCUUCCAACCUGCUGGAGUUGCAGUCUUUGACGCUAGUAUGGUGGCCUCUAAUGGACAUGCUGAAAAGAUUAAGGAAUCUCCACGAGGCCAUCCAGAAAGUUCGCUAAGCGAAUUCAUGAGUGGGUUGCAGGAGAACUCGGAUAAGACCCUCGUUGGUGUGAAGUUGUGCAUGGUCAACAGAGGAGUGCCGACCCCAUACGCAAUGAUUUGCCUCCCGAGCGCAAGCGACCUCGCAGCGUUCUCAUUCGACCCCAAACACUGCCCAAUCGAACCUAUCUACAAAGAGUGCAUACUACCAAGGACCACGAAAAAAGAGAAGAUAAAGAAACGGAAGAACAAGUCGAAAGAUGAGCUGCAAGAACCUUUGGAGAUUUUCCCUAAGAAAAAACUCUUGGAUUCAAGCAUUCGUCGGAUUAUCGGUUUCGUCACCGACGGCGCUCAUACGUUUGUCUCAGGCAGUGGCCGAGGAGUUGGUUACUGCUGCAUGCUGGGAUUGAUGGUGCUGUUGGAAGAGCACCCUCCAGGUCAAAGAGCCUUAGUCCUUGUCAGGGACACUAAGACGGUGCAGUAUCGGUUUGCUUAUCUGGGAGUCGUUACCUAAAGUUGGAUUCGCAUAAGUCAAAUCUGAGUAAUUGGUGUUGCAUUGUAUUCAUCCAUCGCUUGAUGAUACAUGUACAAAAUCACCUUUUUAAGCAUAUAUUUUGAAUAUUUUUUGAUAAUUUUUGGCCAGCAAACAGCUCUUACAUGUACAUAGCGCAAUUUCAAAGAAAUAAUCGUUGUGCAUCGAACACCGUGGUCACUGUGCCAUUUAUUAACAUAAAUUAUGUAUACAGCCAGUGCUGCCAAAAUAUGUAGCGCACUGCCAAAUAUGUAGCGCACUAAGCUAAUUUGCUCACAUGAAGCAUCUCUGCCCUCACAGGUACCCAUUUACCCCUGGGUGGAGAGAAGUCAUUAUACAGAUAGUCUGUUACUUGAUGGCACGAGUGUCACGACCAGGAUUUGAACCCACACCCUGAUGACUUGGC